AUGACACUCGAAGAGCUUCCGCAUGAGGGCGGAAAUGCUGCCCGGGUCACGACGGAUCUCAUCGUGGACAAGCAAGAUGCCUCCUCUGUCCUCCACACCAAGCUCUCGUCCGCUCCACCCAUGAUUGUAAAAGCGCAGGGCAAUUACCUUACCACAUCCACCGGCGUGGAAAUCUUUGAUGCCACAUGCGGCGCGGCAGUAGCAUGUCUGGGCCACAACCAACCACGUGUUAAGAAAGCCAUCCUGAACCAGCUCGACCAAGUGGCAUACUGCUAUUCACCAUUCUUCACGACCUCUGCAUCCGAAAACCUUGCCAAGAUCCUUACAGAUUCCACCCAGGGAGCCAUGUCGAAAGUGUUCAUUGUCAGUUCUGGAACCGAAGCUGUGGAGGCUGCGUUGAAGAUGGCACGGCAGUAUUUCACUGAGCUUCCGGAACCGCAGAUGCAACGGACGAGGUUUAUUGCUAGGCACCAGAGCUAUCAUGGCAACACGCUAGGUGCGCUAUCCGUGGGAAGUCAUAAGGCGCGGAAGGCGAUCUACAUGCCGUUGUUGGCGGACAACGUUUCACAUGUCAGUCCAUGCUAUCCUUACAGAGGCCAAAAGAAUGGGGAAAGCGAUGCGGAGUACGUUGCUAGGCUUGCAGACGAAUUGGAGGCCGAGUUCCAGGCCGUAGGUCCAGGUAACGUCUGCGGAUUCAUCGCCGAGACCAUGUCAGGCAUGACUUUGGGCGCUGUGCCUGCAGUCCCAGGGUAUCUGCAGGCCAUGAAAGAGGUAUGCGAUCGGCACGGCGCUUUGCUAAUCCUUGACGAAGUAAUGACUGGAGCCGGUCGAACUGGCACAUGGCAUGCGUGGCAGCAGGAAGGGGUGGUGCCACAUCUUCAGACGGUUGCCAAAGGACUAGGUGCCGGAUUCGAWCCCAUCGGAGCUUUGCUUGUCAACAAGUCGAUUAUUGAUGUUSUCUCCAGCGGUUCAAACGGCUUCAUCCACAGCCAGACAUAUCAAGGCCAUCCUUUAGCAUGCGCAGCUGCUUGCGAAGUACAAGCCAUCGUCCGGGAGGAGAACCUCCUGGCCAAUGWCCAGGAGCUCGGCGCGUACCUUGGCGAAUUGCUCAAGCAACGUCUUGGAGAUAAGACCUAUGUUGGUGACAUCCGCGGGCGAGGCUUGUUCUGGGGCAUCGAGUUCGUCGCCGAUAAAGCGACCAAGGCUCCAUUUCCAGCUGGGAAGAAGGUCGCGCCAACCAUGCACGCCAUUGGCGUGAGUGAAGGAUUUGGUGUAUCAUUGCUGCCAGGUGGAGGCGUGGCAGAUGGUGCCAACGGCGAUGUCAUUGUGCUUGCCCCCGCAUACAAUGUGACGAGAGAGGAGAUUGAACUGAUCGUUGAUCGCACGGUCAAGGUAGUUGAACAUGUUCUUGGUCAGUAG